AUGUCCAGGUGGUAUCUCCACUUGUCGCUCUAUUCAAAGCAAGGACUGGGAACUCACAAUCCACAGCUAUGUUUAUUAUUACCAGAAUUUGCAGAGAAUUUGUAAAUUAUAGUAAUAGUCAGACUAUCCAUGGGGUGAUUUCAAUGUAGCAUCAAUCAAGUCUAAUGGGGCUGCUGGAUAAACUGUCGGGCUGGCUUGGCCUGAGGAAAAAAGAGGUCAACGUCUUGUGUUUGGGACUGGAUAACAGUGGCAAAACUACCAUCAUCAACCAACUCAAACCAUCUCAUAAUUCCAAUCAUGUAGGCCCAUUGUCAGAAGAAUGGAAACAUGUUAGUCAGACACAGGCACCAGAAAUAGUCCCAACAAUUGGCUUCAACAUUGAGAAGUUCAAGAGUUCAAGCCUGUCUUUCACGGUCUUUGAUAUGUCUGGGCAGAGCAGAUAUAGAAACCUAUGGGAGCAUUACUAUAAAGAGAGCCAUGCCAUCAUAUUUGUCAUAGACAGCGGUGACAAACUGAGAAUGGUUGUUGCCAAAGAGGAGCUAGAUACUCUUCUCAAUCACGAAGAUAUCCGCAGCAAAAAGAUACCAGUAUUGUUCUUUGCCAACAAGACGGAUCUGCGCGAUGCCAUGUCUUCUGUAAAAAUCUCACAGAUGUUGUCUUUGGAGAACAUCAAAGACAAACCCUGGAACAUCUGUGCCAGCAAUGCUAUCAAAGGAGAGGGUCUCCAGGAAGGGUUGGACUGGCUACAAGAACAAAUUGCACAAUCAUAUGAAAACAAUGAGCACAUGAAUGAUUGAAAUGGCGAUGUGGUAACUGGAUCUAAUUUACCACUUGGAGUAUUCAUUACAAUUGAUGUUGUAGGCCUUACAUUUCACUGUCAAAUGGCUUAGUACUUCCUGUGAAUGGUACAACUUUGAAAACAUGUUUCUUUGGUUAAAAAAAUCUUGGUCAUAGCUUAAUUUGUAUAGGCAUACUAUGUAAAUAGAUUUUUUUUAAGCGCUUACUAAUAGUUACAGUACAUCAUUACAAAAAUGUGAAUGCAGUCUGAAUAACAUACUGUAAAC